AUCGGUUUGUAAACAGUAACUUGGAAACAAAACAGUGCAGAGUCUCAAGCGGUCGGCUUGCCAAAAGCAGAAGGCUGUUGGGGAGGCAGGCGAGCGUGAUCCCAUUGGACACACCCCUUACAGCUCCCUUGGGCUGGGAAGAAACGACAAGGCUUGGACCUUCCUUUAUUCCUUUCACAGGCAUCAAGCGCACUGUGCAGAGGAGAGCGGCUCGGCAGCACCGCGCUGGUAUUCGGUGUUCAAUGUGAGCACCGAGAGGACCUGUACAGAGGCGAGCCCCUCAUGAGACGAGAAGGACCCGGAGCAGUACCUCGGGAGAGAGGAUCGCGCAGCAUUGGAUGGUAACAGAAGAAAAUCUGGUUUUCACAAUGGGAACUAUACCACUUUUAUUAUUACUUUCCAUGAACACAUUUAUACUUGCCUUUGGGUUUGACAAUGAGGAAGAUUACACCUGGCACUUACAAAAAGCACCCCAAGUGUUGGACAGAAGAACCAUAACCAUAGAACCUCCAAGAUUUGAAGCUAAAACCAAGUUGUUGAUUAACUCAACCUGUGGGAUUGCUUGUCAAAAACUACCAUUGCCAACUGUGUCUUGACCUUCAGAAUUACCUUCAUAUGAAACAGUGUACAGUAAUGGGACACGUACAAUGACUGAGGUAAACAUUAGAGAAUUUGACCUGGAAAACGAAACUGAGUAUGCUAAGAGUAGAAGCCAUUCAAGGAGGAGGAGAAGGAGGCAGGUCUUCGGGUUGGACAGCAGGUUCAGCAUCAGCCACAAGCACUUCAUAACUAACUACCCCUUUAAUACUGCAGUGAAAAUCUCCACAGGAUGUACUGGGAUUUUAGUGUCACGAAAACAUGUGCUGACAGCAGCUCACUGCAUCCACGAUGGUAAAGACUUUAAAGGUGCCAAAAGGCUCAGAGCUGGAUUUCUAAAGAUGAGAUCCAAGGGAGCUGGAAAAAGGAAAGGAUCUAAAAGGAAUAAACGAUCGGCAAAGGAUAAGCCAUCUUUUCAGUGGUCAAGAGUAGUGCGCACCCAAGUACCAAAGGGCUGGUUCAAAGGUGUGGCUGAAGAUAUUGCAAUUGAUUAUGAUUAUGCUGUUCUGGAAUUAAAAAGGCCUCAGAAGCACAAGUACAUGGAGAUAGGCAUUAGCCCCCCUGUGCAGAAUAUGCCAAGCAACCGGAUUCACUCAGGCUUCGAUAAUGACAGGCCAGGGAAGUUGGUUUAUCGUUUCUGCACUGUGUCUGAUGAAUCCAAUGAUCUACUGUAUCAGUACUGUGAUGCUCAGCCUGGAUCAAGUGGCUCAGGUAUUUACAUCCGUCUUAAGGAGCCAGAGCAGCAUUGGAAACGUAAGAUCAUCGGAGUCUUUUCUGGUCAUCAGUGGGUAGAUAUCAAUGGCGUCAAACAGGAUUACAAUGUGGCCGUGCGCAUUACUCCACUUAAAUAUGCACAGAUAUGCUUCUGGAUACAUGGGAACUAUGCUGAUUGCAGAGAUGGUUGAUGGAAAUUCACAACUCCUGUUACUUGCUUUUGCAUUACUUCUGUACAGACUUUGGUCAAUUUGCAUACAAAGUGGAUGAUGGUGUUCCGUUGAGGGUCAUGAAAAGACGUGCAAUUUCAUCUCGACUAAAAUAAUCUGUUCAGGGUGUGCUCUAAUUUAAGUAUAUGAAAAUGUAAAUUAACAGGAGCCUUUCAGAGCAUAUUGAUGACUGGGAAGCAUUGCUGUCAAAAUGUCUAGUUAUUCAGUAUUAAUUAUUAAUCUGCAGGAUCAAGAUAUUCAAGGUCAAUUACUAACCCAAUAAGUAUUUAGUUAAUGAUGUUGAAAGUUCCAUGCAUUAAAUAGAGGAUGUUUCCUUAUUCUCAUUUCUAAUGUUAUUUUUAAAGUAUUGAUGAGUGCACUGCUGCAAACUCCAGAACCUUAGUGUUUGUUAUGUGAACACAAAAUGCAAUAAUAUCCAUUCAGAUUUUAAACCAAUUUCACAUAUUAAGGUACAACAGUUUGUUUUGAUCAAAAAAUAUAGAGAGAUAUCAACACGUCAUUUGUACCAAAUUUAAAAUGUCUUGUAACCUAAGGGAAGAUGAUUCUUACCAUUUGACAUCAUUGAAUUGAUCUUGUGUUGCAUCAUUUCGAAUUGAAGAUUCAUAAUAGGUGUUCUUCAUAGCUACUUCCAGUGAAAGAAAUUGCGUUUAUGCCAAAUUUUUGAUGAUUUCAACAGAAGUAUGCCGCUUUGUAAAUGAUCUGUCAAAAUGGAACUCAUUCAUGCAGCUAGGAUAAAUAUAGUACAGGUCCUUCCCAUGUUACGGCAGGGUUCUGUUCCUGUAAACUGUUUGUAACCCGAAAAGUUCGCAAUUCAGAAAUAUGGCCGCAAACUGAGUUCCCACACAGCAGAAGAAGACUGCAGCCCCGCAGCAGCCAGUAAGUCCACACUGCUAUUCUCCCAAGUGCUUACUCAUAUGUACAGGCUGCACAUAAGUUGGGUGUUCGUAAGCUGAGGAGGGCCUGCAGUGACAAAGUUUAGUAAAAUUAAAGAGAAAAUAACAGUUUGUUACUUGAUAAAAGAAAUUGAAUUCACACAACAAAUAUUUAAUGUAAUCAUCAAGAUGUAAGUGAAUAGAUGUAGUGAGUGAAAAAGUAAAUGGAAUUUGUCGGUUAAAAGUGUUCAAAUUUCAACCAUCAUUUCAUUCUUUCCAUGACCCCUGCCUCCUCUGAACCCCAUAAAAUACAGAGUUAGUGAUAGGUCAAAAAAUACCAAUAGAACCACAUCACAUUAGUAGCUAUCUACUAAUGAUGUUUUAAUGGGAGUGAAUGAUGUUUCAAUGGUAUUAAUCUUUCUUUAUGGUAAGUCUAAACAAUCUCUGUCAAAGUGAGUUGUCAGAAGCUUAUAUUUUUCAAUUGCAUCUAGCCAUCUGAGUAGAUUAGAAACUAAUGCUUCAAGUAUCAACCUAAUCAUUUGUUUGCUAACAGCAUACAAUUCUUAUUUAUAUAGAGAACAAUGGUAAAAAUCUAUAGGUUUGCAUUAAUAAAAAGCUUAAAUAAAAUGACAACGUUUCAGAACUUAUAUCUGAGGCAGAGGAAUAAAGAUCCAAACAUUUAUUGGCAAAUUCAUUUCUUUAAGAUGAAUUACAGAGGUGUUUCCUAUACAAAAGCUCAAAUAAUAUUUGGUAAUCCUAGUACAGGAGUACAAAAAUAUUGAGUGAAGCAGAGAAUAAUGUAAGAGAAAAGUUUUUGGAAAGUUCUACCACUUUAAAUGCGCCGGUGCCAUGCUGUCUGUUACACUCGCUGUCUGUUACACUCACUGUCUUUGCAUGUUAGGUGACUUUCUUAUAUCAGAACUGUAAAGAUAGAAUAGAAAAAAUGUAUUUAGCUAAGGACUGUAAAAUGGCUCACACUGGUUAGUCAGAUCUUUCACUCUUUAAAAAUAAAUACAACUAUCCUCAAAGCACAACACCAGUGAGGAAAUUCUAAGCAAUAUUUCAAGGAAAUAUUUAAAUAAUGAUGAUCAUUAACAAAUAGAAAUUGAUGUCAUUUAUUUUAAGCUAAUGACCAGCUCACAAAAAUUAAAUUUAUUUUAAAGAACUAAAAUUUGAUAAGUAAUAUUCAAUAAAAUCAAUGAUAUUUUCUAUCUGAAAUAAGAAUAUUUCUAUCUGAAUAAGAAUAUGUUUACCUAAGAUAAUUAAGAAUCAAAUUUGAAUUAGAAAAAUGAUCUAGGCAGGAUAAUAGCUAAUGAUGGCCAUUAAAUAAAAUUCAGAUAAGGGAAAAAAUGAGCCUUGGUGAUUUUGUGUUUUUUUUGCUUUAGGCAAAAUAUAAGUUGCUUUGCGUAUUUUCUCUUAAAUGUCAUUUUAAAAUAAAACUGAAAUGCAUGGUUGGAAAAUGACAUUUUUCAUAGAUUCACUGUGUUGAUGUAUAUUGUAAGACAUGAUCUAUGAAUCUCACUGUAUAUUGAG